UUUAUUAAACUAUUGAAAAAUGUAUGCUAUUUACUGAUUAAAAUAAUCAAAUAUAUUUUUACGCCUUGCCGUAAGUAAACGAGAUGGAAGACGAAGCUCCGGUUAUUUACGGACUCGAAUUUCAGGCGAGAGCCUUGUGUUCUCAGGCAGCUGAGACAGAGGAAAUAAGAUUUCUUGUUGGCACUCAAUCACUUCGACAGGAAAACCAGAUUCACCAUAUUCAUUUUGAUGACGAGAACAAUGUGAUAAAUAAAAACAUAUUUACCCAUCGAGAAGGAGAGAUAUGGCAUAUCAGUGCUUCAACAAUAGACAAAAGUUUUCUCACAACAUGCUACAACAAAACUACUGAGAGUAAGGCAGAGAUGAAAGCAGCCCUGUGGAAACUUCCAACAGAUUUUGACGAUGUCCCAACAGACGACCAGUCCUCCCUUCAGCCCGUCAGCCUUAUGUGUCAUCUGGAGGCGCCUGACUAUGGAGACAUGAAGUGUGUGAUGUGGCAUCCAUCCGGAGACAGUAACAAUGUGGUUGGGCUGGCAGACAACCAUGUCAUUGUUUGGGACGUGGACACAUCAAGCAAAUCUGCAAAGAUGGUGAGUUCUGCAGCUCUGGAAACAAAAGGUCAGCCCAGGUUAACAUGUAGCAGCUGGGACCCUCACCAUAACAGUGUACAGAUUGCCACAGCCAACGACACAGCUAUACGUGGCUGGGACUUGAGAUCCUUGCAACAGACAUUUGUGAUAGACAAUGCUCAUGGUCAACUGGUUCGAGACUUGGACUUCAAUCCCAACAAGCAAUACUACCUGCUCAGCUGUGGAGAUGACUGUAAGGUCAAAUUCUGGGACAUCAGGAACAUCAACGAACCAAUGAAAAUCCUCUCAGACCAUUCACACUGGGUGUGGUCUGUGCGUUACAACCGUUUUCAUGACCAGCUGAUCCUAUCAUCCAGCAGUGACAGUCGCGUUAUCCUCAACAGUGUUGUCUCCCUUUCCUCUGAACCUUAUGGCCACGAGAUUGAGAAUGAUGAUGACGAGGAAGAUGGGGAUAAACAUGGGGAGUCUUCCCCACCAGAGGAUCGUUUGAUUGCGACAUAUGAGGAGCAUGAAGACAGUGUCUAUUGUGUGGACUGGUCCACCGCUGACCCAUGGGUGUUUGCCUCCCUUAGUUAUGAUGGUAGACUGGUUAUCAACAGAGUGCCUAGAGUGGAAAAAUACAAGAUCCUGCUCUGAGAUUGGGCAAUGUUGGAGGGAAAUUUUGUAUGAAUUGAAGUAGAAAAUACUGCUCUAAGAUGGGCAUUUUAAAAGGAAAGUUGGAAGAAAGAAAUGUUCUGAGGAAAACCACAAGGGAAUGACUCAUGAAAUUGUAUGACCUUAUUAUGUUAAGAACCACCCUUACCCUGAUUUAGUGUAAAACCAUUUGUUUUCCAAUUCAGACAAGAGGUCGCUGCUUAGAAUGUUCCAUCAUUCAGUUACUUUGAAUUAGACUUAGUGCAUUUUUAAAUUGUCAGAAUCUUUUAAAUGCCUAGAUUAGGUUUUAAAGAUUUAUGAUAAAAGAGGGUGACUCACCAGUUUAGGUCAGAGGAAGAAUUUAGAGUUUAGCAAUGUGGGGAGAAAAAAUGGAUGUGUCCUGUAUUUUUAUUCAAGCAGUACAUGUCAAGUGACAUGGCUAGGAUGCCAUAAAUGUCAAGGUUUAUACUUUGUUUUGGGUUUACUUUGUGUUGUUUUUAUUUCUCAAAAUACUGAUCGAUAGAAAAAAACACAUAAAUUGGAGACCAACUUUCAUCAGCUCUUUGAGUUGGCUGAAUCUUAUUGCUGCCUGUUAUACGCAUUUUGAUUUUAUACAGUAAAUAAACUUUAAUGUAUGUUUUAUUUGAUUGUUAAAUAUAUUUAUUAGAUAUUUUUCUGUGAUUGUGGACAAGAUAUAAGAUUAUAAGUUACUCACAUUUGUUUGAAUGAUUUGUUAUGCAAUAGUGUGGUCUCAUGAUGUGACUCAAGGACCAUAUAUAACCUAUAUAAUCAAUUUGCAUUUCAACACAACAUUUUUACUUCAUUUUCUUUGUAUGUUACAAUGUUUUUUCUAAGUGACAUUGAUGUUAUCUUGGACCAAUAACAAAUCCUACUCCCAGAUGUUAUUUACUGAUGUCAUACUGUGCAUGUACGGUAUAUAAAAUAAUAACAAUUUACUUGCAUUGUCUAUGUACAUUUCAUGUGUACUACACUUACAUUCCAUAUUGUUCAUGUUCACAAACAUGUUAAUGUAUUAACAUAAUGAUUGGAACUCUUUAUAACAUGUAUAUAUGGAGGGGAAAUAUAUUGUUUGAAUAUUCAAAUGUGGGAAAGUGCAAUAAAAUUUCAUGAUGGACUAACAUUCUUUGUAUGAGGAAUUUGUAUCAUGACUAGGAAGAGGGUUUCAUAAAAAAUAUUGUAUUCUUGUUUUAACUUAUAAUACUGUUUAGUGGUUGCAUACAUUAUAUUUUAUUACUCAAUAAAGAAAAUGUACAGCAUUGAACACUUUCUCAAUGACAUGUUCAUUUACCUACAUGUUUAUCAAAUCACAAUUCUGUU